AAAGGAAACGUUGACGAGAAGCAGAUAGGAAAGCUCGCGGAUUACGCGGCGGGAAACCCGGACCGCAUUCCGAAGAUCGUGGCGAAGCUGGAGGAGCGCGCCAUCCGCGAGCUGCGCGCCGAGCGGUUCAACUCGCUACCUGCCGUCGCUCGCUCGUACUCGAAACUGCUCUCCUCGUGUCAAAGCUCUCUUGCGCUGCUGGCGUGGAGCGUGCUGAGCGUGGUGCAGAAGCUGCUGCAGAGCAAGCGGGUGGACGUGCGCGUGCUGGGCUGCGACCUGCUCGCGGAUUUCGUGGACUGCCAGUCGGACGCCGCCUACGCCGCGCCCAUUCAGAAGCUGUGCCCCACGCUCGUCGCCAUGGCGCACGAGGCCGGCUCGCAGGAAGACUCCCGGGCCGCCAGGUCGUCCGCGUUAAGAGCUAUCGCCGCUGUGAUCCUCUUCGUCUCCUACUUCUCCCAGCCCUGCGACUGCCUUGACCAGUUGCUCGCGGCCGUGCUGGACAACUACAAGCCGCACGCGGCAGGUGCAGGGGACGAGGGGGCAGCAGCAGCGGAUAAGGUGCGGGAGAGGACGCUCGAGGCGCUCAAGAAGCUGACUCUUCAGCAGCAGCAACAACAGCAAGGGGGUGGUGGCAAGGAGAAAGAGGGGCUGCAUCAGGAGAGGAAGCUGGUCACUCCACUGCCCUCCAAGCAGGAGCUACAGCACCCAGAAGUGGCAGCGCUGGUGGCGGUAUGGGCCCUCGCGCACAUGUUUGCAGCCGCGGUGUCUCUCUCGUCACAGCAGGUGCUGGCGCAUCUGCUGCUCUACCUCUCCAACGGCUCCCACUGGGCCGCGCCUGCUAGCCAAGGCGACGCAGCAGCAGCGGGGGCAGGGGCGGAGGCGGGGGCGACAGGCAGGGGAGGGGUUGCAGGGCAGCUGCUAGAGGAUAUUUGUCUGGCCCUCCGUUUCCUGGCCACCCGCUCCCCUUCACCAACCAAGGAGGAGCGGCGGCUCCUACUGGCACUGCUAGCAGCUGUGAUCCGCCACACAGACUCUUCCCCCGCCCUGCGCUCGCCCCGCAUGCGCCACGACGCCCUUGCUGCGGGGGGGGGGCUGCAGCUGGCGCAGCUGCUGCUGGCGGACGGGGGGAAGUGGGCGGACGGGGGGAAGGAAACCGGGGGAGAGAGCGCAGCGGGAGGACCCGGAAUCGGGGAGGAGAAGCGGGAGAUUAGCGCAGGGGGAGCGGGAGGGGCGGUGAGCAUGAGAGGAGGACCGGAGGCAGCGAGUGAGGUGCAGGCUGUGGGUGACUUAUUGCGGAUACUGAGGCGUAGUAUAGUUGAGGAGAAGCAGGGGGGCGGCAUGGAUGAUAAUAUCAUAGGGGAGGGGCAGGUGGGCGGCGGUGUGUCGUUCAGAAAAAGACAAGGCGAGCAGCCUGCUCUGCAGGAGCAGGCGCUGAAGCUGCUGGUGCUGGUGACGUCAUUGCAUGCGGGCAGUCCAAAGGAGCGAGCAUCUCUGCUGCUGGACGACACAGCAGUGUUCCUCGAGUCCCUCCCGUCCGACCCCUGGGGCUCCUGGGCCACACUCGUUGCUGCAGAGGCUGCUGCUGCUGUUGUGGUGCUGCCUGUUGCUGUGGCAGUGGAGAGAAACGAGGGGGAGGAGGGGGAGGAAGAGGGUGAGGGGGAGGAGGGGAACACGAGGACUGGAACCUUGGGAAGUUUCCCGGACGCUGCGCUCCUCAGCAUCCUCCGCGCCUUCCUGCACCCGCACUCCGAGACAAGAGACGCCGCCCACCACCUGCUGCAGCUUCUCCUUCGGGGCCCGGCAGCCUUCCCCUCAAACGACAGAGACUGCUACGGUCUCGUCAUAGCAGCCAGCGCCGUCAGCACCACCACACCACCCGCCAGUGCUGCUGCUGCUAAUCCACUGGCCUCCAUAGAGGACAUUAAACGGCCCCCUCUGUCCCCCUCGCCGUCCCAACUCCCUCUGCUGCUCUCCGCGCUCUGGUUGCAAGCAGCCAUGCCCUCCACCGCCCCCAAGUCCCUCUGUGCCCUCUCCUCCACCUUCCACGCCCUCCUCCCGUGCCUCUCCGCCCCGCCUCCCCCCCCCUCCUCCCCCGCCUCCCCCUCCUCGCAGUCCCUUUCCUCCUCGCUCCUCCAGUCAUUCCAACUCGUUCUCUCCCUCCGCAGAAAGGCUCUCUCUCUGCCUUCCGUUGCAGCACAGGGGGCAGCAGGGGGAGGGGCGGGGGGUGCAGAGGCAGAGGUGGAGGAAGAGGGGGGAGGAGGGGGUGGGGGAGAGGCGGAGUGGACGAUAGGGCCGGUGGAUCGGCGGUCGGUGUUCACUGUAGCGACUGCCAUGCUCGCAGGGCUGGCCGGCAGCCUGGGCAUGGAGGAGGUGGCGGCGUUUGUCCUGUCUGAAGAAGCUUCGUCAGCAGCUCUGGUGGGUGUUUUCAUUGGUGGAAGCUGCUCGUACGCGUCUGCCUUGUUCCCUUCCCUUCCUCUGCACAUGCUGUUGCCGUCGCUACUGUUUCUGGCCAACCCCUUCCACGUCAUCAAUCCCGACGGCACGCUCUCAGAGCGCCGCCCGCCCACCUCUCAGAGCGCUUUUGGCUCGCCUGCUGACUCAGAGCAGGCGGCUGCUGAGCUGGCAGGGGCGAGCAGCAGAGAGGAGGAGGUGCAGGUGCAGCUGGGGGAGAAGAUAGCUGCUGCCGUUGUAGCUGCGUUCCCGGGGCACUCAGUGGAGCCAGCGUCGCUGCUUUCACCCUUCCACCCGUCGGACUCGCUCGCCCUCACACCUGCAGCUGACAUGCUCGCUGCUGUCGCUGCCGAUUCCGCUGCUCCCAUCCUCCCCUCCUUCGAGGACUUGCCUGCUGCCAUCCCUGAUGAGGAACUCUUCCGAGCCUCCUCUGUUCCGGACCUGGCCAGGCCCGGCCAAGGCAGCAACGAUGGGAGCAACCGUGGCUCAGACACUGCCGGCGCUGCUUUGGCGGAUGAUAAAGCAGGUGCAAGUGUACCGAGUGUGGAGCAGAUACUGGAGUCUGGGAAGGAUGGGAAGAAGUCGGAAGGCAAGAAACGGAGAGCGGAUCCUGCCAAUGGCGGCGAUCCACGUGUCGGCGCGGACAUUGACACCGUUGGGGAACCUGCCGCUGGGUCAACGGUAGACUCAGCGGGAGGUGCGGCGGCUUCCGGGAAGAAAAAGAGAGCGCGGAAGGCCAGGGGCGAGGGUAGUGGGGGAGGCGCGUGUAAGGAAGGGGGGGAGGAAAAAGGGAGGCUUGCUGAUGGUCGGGAUGAGGCGGAGGAGGACGGCGGAGAACAGGGGGGAGGGGUAGGCGCAGCAGCUGAGGACAGGUUGGUAGCAGGGGCGGAAGUUGCGGAACUGGGGGGAGAUGUGGAAUUGGGGGAAGACGCGGAAGAGGAGGAAGAUGCGGAACUGGGGGAAGACGCGGAAGGGGGGGAAGUGGAAGAGGGGGAAGUUCCGCAAGACGACAAUGAUGCGCACAGGUUCGCGGAAGCGGACGCGGAGCUUUUCCCGCGCGAGCUGCUUCCACAACUAGACGCGGAAGCCGCCAGCCAGAGGCGCAUCAAGGCGCGGAAGCUGGUCGCGGAAGCUGCUGCGGCCGCUGCGCGGGGAGCGGCCCAGGGGAAAGAACGCGGAAGCGGCUCCGACAGGGGCACGGGGGGAACGGCGGGAGCUGCGGCGGCGGCGGAGUGGUUUCAGGCGCAGGUGGUGGCGAACUGCGGCAGAAGCAUGUCGUCUGUUGAGCGCGAACGAGUGAUCCCAGCCUCGUCGAUUGCGAUCUACAACAUCCACUCACCCUCCUCGCAGCAGCAGCCCGCCCCCAGCAGCACCACCCAGCCGCCCGGCGCACAACCGGGCGGCAGGGGACCGGGCGGCGGGCGAGCGGGCGGCAGAGGGGCGGGCGGCAGGGGUGCAGGGAGGGGCGGUAAGGCCGGCAGCGAGUCUGCUGCCGCCCAUGAGGGUCCGACUCUUGCCGAUCACCUGAAGCGCACUCUCGGCGCCACGUGGCGGUCUCUGCUGCUGCCACCUGGCGACAAGCAAGAAACAGACAAGGAUCAACACCAGCAGGGGAAGCAGCGGCACAAGCAGCAGAAGCAGGAGCAGAAGGUGCAGCAGCAGGGGAAGCAGGAAGAAGGGGACGGGGGAGAGCAGUGGGAGGCGGGGAGUCCGGUGGUGCUGGUCGUAUCAGCGUCAGCAGUCCGGUGUGGGGAUCUGCUGAGGGAGUGCAAGGGCGUGGGGCGAGGGUGCCGCGUGGCAAAGCUGUUCGCGAAGCACCUCAAGGUGGAGGAGCAGGUGGAGGUGUUAAAAGGGCCUGGCGUUGGGGAGUGCAAAGGAGUUGGGGAGUGCAAGGGCGUGGGACGUGGGUGCCGCGUGGCGAAGCUGUUCGCCAAGCACCUCAAGGUAUGGGUGACGCAGUGCACGAUGAUAAAGAAGCACCUCAAGGUGGAGGAGCAGGUGGAGGUGUUGAAGGGACCCGUGCACAUCGCUGCUGGCACGCCCAACAGGUUGCUCAAGCUGCUCUCCUCCGGUGCCCUGCGACUCGCCUGUCUGCAGGUGGUUGUGCUGUACAUGCUGCCAUCGCCCAAGGCCUUCACUCUGCUCUCUCCCAUCUGUCUUGCAUUCUCCCACCCAACCAACCCGUCCUCGAACCCACCAUCCAGGUUGCUCAAGCUGCUCUCCGCCGGAGCCUUGCGUCUCGCCAGUCUGCGAGUGGUGGUGCUGGACAUGCUGCCAUCGCCCAAGGCCUUCACUCUCCUCUCCAUGCCUGACGUCCGAUGCCCCAUGCACAUGUCCCACCAGUGCCCUCCCCCUCUUUCCCCCAAAGGGGUCGAGUUCGAGGAGCUGUAUGUAUCUGAAGCAGCUGCACGACUCUUGAGUCGACUCUCAAGUCUCGUCGCCCAAUUCUGUCCCUCCACUCCAUCUACCCUCCUUCCCCACAGGGUCGCCUUCUGGGAGCUGUAUCUGAAGCAUCUGCAUUCACAUGACUCUUGA